CCUGCGCACCGCAGCGCGAGCGGCUGCGCGGAGGGCGCGGGGGCAGCGGGCGGGCGCAUGGCGGACCUCAGCGGCGGGCGGGAGGUGCUGGCUGUGGCCGUGGCGCCGCCCGGGGAGGCCCCGCCGGCUUUUCAGUAUAGCCCAGACAGCGUGGCUGGAGCAGAUGGAGAGAUUGACCCCACUGAAAUCACCUUUCGAGGAUGUUUCUGUCGUACCAGCUCCUGCGUGGUUGAUGUGUGCUCGUGUCUUUCCCACGGUGAAAGUUACAACAGUUUGUGCCUCAGGCCUACAGACAAAGAGGAGGAGUACACCAGGCCUGUUUUUGAGUGCAACACUAUGUGCCAGUGCAGUGAAUCCUGUCAGAACAGGGUUGUUCAGAGGGGUUUGCAAUUCAGACUUGAGGUAUUCAAGACUGAGAAGAAAGGGUGGGGUCUUCGCACUCUGGAAUUCAUAGCUAAAGGAAGAUUUGUUUGUGAAUAUGCUGGUGAAGUUUUAGGCUUUAACGAGGCACGUAGAAGAAUUCAGGCCCAGACAUCAAAGGAUUCAAACUAUAUUAUAGUGGUGAGGGAGCACCUCCAUAACGGUCAGAUAAUGGAGACAUUUGUUGACCCUACGUACAUUGGUAACGUAGGCAGAUUCCUGAAUCAUUCUUGUGAACCAAAUUUGUUCAUGGUGCCAGUUCGAGUUGACUCAAUGGUGCCUAAACUGGCACUUUUUGCAGCUACUGAUAUUUCUGCUGGACAGGAACUUUCAUACGAUUAUUCUGGAAGAUGCCAUAAUUUACCAAUGACUAACAGAGAAGAGAAGUCUUUACAGGAAGAUAAGAGAUUGAGAAAACCUUGCUACUGUGGUUCCCGCAUAUGUGCUUCCUUCUUACCUUGGGAUGGCUCCCUUUUUUCCACGCUAGACACUUCUUCAGGGAGUUCUCCAUAGCUUUUCAGUCCUCAUGCAUACCUAACCAAUAUGAUUUUCUCUAGCAGUUAAAUAAAACUCUCUGUAUUCCACCAAGGAAGCAGAUGUGUUUUUGAAUAACAGCAAAAAGACAAGAUUUUGAAAAUAACUUCAUGCAACAUCCUAGAGGCUGUUUUCAAGGUGGAUGGUAUGAGAGAGUACUGGAGCUUCAAGGUGUUCCAAAAUCAGUUACUAAGCCAGGCCUGGGUUUUUUUUCUUGUUUUCUUCUGACAGCAUGUUAAAGCAGCUCUCUCAAUUUGUACCUCUCAGAAAGAAACAACUUUUAACAUUUGUACACAGAAAGGGCAUGCGAUAGCAAGGAGAAACAUCACUGAAAAUUACAGAAGAGGGAGACUCAAGGAAUCUUGACAUCUGCAAGAAAGGCAUUAGGUUUCUUAAAUCCCAUUUUUUU